UGGGCACUGAUAGGUGGCACUGAUGAGCACUGAAAGGCUGGACUGAUGGGCAGCACUUAUGGGCACUGAUGGGCAGCACUGAGUGCAGAGGCGGACUGACAACUCAUGGGGCCCCAGGGCAAUGGGGGGAUCAUGGGGCCCCUGUGUCUUUGCCCAAACUCAAAAAAGCCUAUGAAAAAGGUACAAGGGGCAUCUCAUGGUGCCCCCUACUGACCCUGGGCCCUCGGGCAGUGCCCGAGUUUCCAAAUGGUCAGUCCGCGCAU